AUGUCCAAACCUGUGGACCACGUCAAGCGGCCCAUGAACGCUUUCAUGGUGUGGUCGAGGGCUCAGCGGCGCAAGAUGGCCCAGGAAAACCCCAAGAUGCACAACUCGGAGAUUAGCAAGCGCCUGGGAGCCGAGUGGAAGCUGCUCACGGAGUCGGAGAAGAGGCCGUUCAUCGACGAGGCGAAGCGGCUGCGCGCCAUGCACAUGAAGGAGCACCCCGACUACAAGUACCGGCCGCGGCGCAAGCCUAAGACACUGCUCAAAAAGGACAAGUUCGCCUUUCCUGUGCCGUACGGUCUGGGCGGCGUGGCCGACGCUGAGCACCCGGCACUCAAGGCGGGCGCGGGACUGCACGCGGGCGCCGGCGGCGGCCUGGUGCCGGAGUCGCUGCUCGCCAACCCCGAGAAGGCGGCCGCCGCCGCCGCCGCCGCCGCCGCGCGCGUCUUCUUCCCGCAGUCGGCCGCCGCCGCCGCAGCAGCAGCCGCCGCCGCCGCCGCGGGCAGCCCCUACUCCCUGCUCGACCUGGGCUCCAAGAUGGCAGAGAUCUCCUCGUCGUCGUCUGGCCUCCCGUACGCGUCGUCGCUGGGCUACCCGACCACCGGCGCGGGCGCCUUCCACGGCGCGGCCGCAGCGGCUGCAGCGGCCGCCGCGGCCGCCGGGGGGCACACGCACUCGCACCCCAGCCCGGGCAACCCGGGCUACAUGAUCCCGUGCAACUGCAGCGCCUGGCCUAGCCCGGGGCUGCAGCCGCCGCUAGCCUACAUCCUGCUGCCGGGCAUGGGCAAGCCUCAGCUGGACCCCUACCCCGCGGCCUACGCCGCCGCGCUAUGA